GGCGCGCCCCCGGGCGUGGUGCCCGUGCUCAGCGCACACAGCCCCUCGGUGGGGAGCGAGUACUUCAUCCGGCUGGAGGAGCCCAUGCCCGCCGCUGGCCACGACCCCGACUGCGCCGGCUGCACCCUCAGCCCCCACGCCGUGGACCUGCUCCCCGAUGGUGGUGACCACGACAAUGACUCGUUGGCCAUGGAGCCGCUGCUGGGCCAUGUGCCACCCCCUGAGGGGUCCUGGGGCCGCGGUGACGACUACCCGCAUGGGAACCAUGCCCGGGACUCGUCCUGUCCACUGAGCUCGCCUUCACCGGGGACCUUCAUGCUGGCGGAGCCCAGGGAGGAGGACAGCAACUGGGGCCCAGCUGCCUUCUGCCCACCCUUCUUGGAGGACCCGCUAGGCACGUCCCCCUCCGGAAGCUCCGGGACCCGGCUGUCCCCAGGGGGGGAGGAGAAGGGGGCAGCCGAGGCCUGCAGAGCCGCCCAGCCCAGACACUGGUGUUCCAACGUGUCUGCCAACAACAACAGCGGCAGCCGGGGACCAGGCUCCUGGGACCCGGGACAAGUGGGUGGCUGCACGGACUGUGGGCCUCGCACAGAGCACACCUUACGAGCUGUCCCUGAGCUGGGCCGUCCCCUGGCCCCAGAGGACCCCAGAGAACCUCUCCUUGGGUCAGAGGGGGCCUCCUCUGGCCAGGAGCUAGGCCGCUGCUUUGGCAUCCCUCAUUUGUGUCCUGCUGAGGGCCUGGCACCGGCCAUCUGCCUGGUGACAUCCUCCCGGACAGAGGCAGCUAUGAGCCGGGCUACCAGCCCCCAGACCGAGCCCAGGCUUGCGGAGGAAGCGGAGGGCCCUGCCAGACCUCGACUCCCCUUUCCCUCGGUUCCAACCCCAUCCCAAGAGGCAGCCCCGCUUCCCGCCGAGGAGGCCAGUGCCCUCGACACCCUGCCCGCCUUGCCCAUGCCCGCCGGCAGCUGGGAGACUGCCGCUGAGGCGGCCCAGACCCUGGACAGUUCCGGCAGCUCCCCUGAGCUGGGGGCGCCCGUCAGUGAGGACGAGGACAUGACAGAGGCCACUUCUGGUGUCUUCACCGAUUUGUCCAGCGAUGGCCCGCUGGCCGAGAAGCCGGACAUGCCGCUGGCUUUCCGCUCUUUGCAGAAGCAGGUGGGGACCCCCGACUCCGUGGACUCCCUGGAUAUCCCAUCUUCAGCCAGUGAUGGCGGUGGCUAUGAGGUCUUCAGCCCGUCAGUGACUGGCACUCCCAGCGGGCAGCCCCGAGCCCUGGACAGCGGGUAUGACACAGAGAAUUACGAGUCCCCUGAGUUUGUGCUCAAGGAGGCACACGAGCCCUGUGAGCCCGAGGCCUGUAGGGAGCUGGUCUCCGAGGGCGAGAGCCCUGGGCCCGAGACUCCGCUCUCCACCUCCUUCGGCGGCCUUGGUGAGAAGAACCCCUACCGUGACUCAGCCUACUUUUCGGACCUGGAUGCGGAGCCUGACUGCACCGCAGGCCCCCGGGAGAAGGGAGCCGGUGGCCUGAGUGCCAGGCUAGAGCUGGACCUGGAGAACUCUGGGCUGCGGUCUGCACAGCCCUCCCUCGAGUCUGGGGUGGCUGGAGGGACCCAAGGCACUGGUCCCAGAGAGGUGCCACCACUGCUACCGCCGCUGCCACCGCCUGAGGACUUUUCUCCAGAGCCAGGCGCCUGCCCGGAGGGUCCCAGACUGGACCCUCCCUGGCCCCAGGGCCCUGCCCAAGAGCCUCCAGUGCCCAGCCCCGGAGGUUCCAAGGUUUUCCUGCUGACCCCGGUCCCGCUGAGCUCAGAGGGCCACCUCUCUGACCUCCAGGAGGCCCCAGUACUACCGUCCGGACCUGCCCAGCUGGAACGGACAGGGAGUCCUAGUGCCCCCAGGACCCCACUCUGCCUGGCCCUGCCGGGACAGCCUGCAGCCCCAGAGGGCCGGUCGGAGGAGGAGGAGGAGGACAGCGAGGAGAGCGAUGAAUCGGAUGAAGAGCUCCGCUGCUACAGCAUCCAGGAGCCCAGCGAGGAGAGCGAGGAGGAGGCACCUCCUGUGCCCGUGGUGGUGGCCGAGAGCCAGAGCGCGCGCAACCUGCGCAGUCUGCUCAAGAUGCCCAGCCUGUUGUCGGAGGCCUUCUGCGAGGACCUGGAGCGCAAGAAGAAAGCCGUGUCCUUCUUCGACGACGUCACCGUCUACCUCUUCGACCAGGAAAGCCCCACCCGGGAGCUCGGGGAGCCCUUCCCUGGCGCCAAGGAGUCGCCCCCCGUGUUCCUGGCGGGUGGCCCCCGCUCCCCCAGCGUCCCCGGCCGGCCCCGGCGGGCAGACCGCUCCUCCGACGGCUCCGCGGCGGAAAAGGGUGAGCUGGGGGCGGGGCGCUGGGCGCGGCGGGGCGGGGCCGCCG